AGUCGAACCAUCAUGGAGUGGCCGGCUGGGGUUCAACUGGCUACGUAUCCUACGACAGGAUUACGGUAUUACCUUUAUUUCAUUUAAUUUUCCUACAACACUAAAUAAUGACGGAGCAUGGGGAAACGGGAAAUGUAUGGAAAGGGAACGGAAAAGAUACCCCCAAAUUUGUGCUUUGGGCACUCGGCUAAGGGGGAUGGAUUCUUCAAUGAGGAAAAGUUGGGGUAGCAUGACGUCAGUGCGUCAAAGUGAAUUUUUGACAUUUGGGUGGUAAGAAGCGUAACCUAAUUGACAGCUCAUCCAAGAGGAACUGGAUAAACAUACGAAUCAAGCAAUCAUAUUGAAGAGAGCCUGUAUCCUUAUACAGAUCCUGUGACGCAUCAUGGCCCCAAACGUCGACCCUGCAAUUCUGGAGGCGCUCGGCCUCGACCCCGCCAACACGAAGCUGUCCUCUCAUGGCGGCUCCGGCUUCUCAUCUACUUUCAAGUUGUCAUCCACCGUGAAUGGCAAGCCCGUCAACUACUUUGUAAAGACGGGUCUGGGAAAGGAUUCCGAAGUCAUGUUCAGGGGGGAGCAUGCGUCCCUGAACGCAAUAGCAGACGCGGUUCCCAGCUUUUGCCCCCGCUCACAUGCCCACGGGGCCAUGGAAUCGUCCCCCGGCAAGUUCUUCCUGGCCACCGACUUCCUGGACCUCCGCGCCUCCUCCCCGGCGGGCUCCGGUCUCUCCCUCGCCGCCAAGCUCGCCCAGCUGCACACCACACCGGCGCCGAUCCCGGAAGGGCUCGACCGCCCCAUGUUCGGCUUCCCCGCGACGACCUGCUGCGGCGCGACCCCGCAAGACAACUCGUGGAAGGCCUCGUGGGCGGACUUUUACGCCGACAACCGCUUGCGCGCCGUUUUACGCGCCGGUGUCGAGGCGAAUGGGUCUAACGCCGAGCUGGAGCGCUCGGUGGAGCGCGUCGCGUCUGCUGUCGUGCCGCGGCUUGUCGGCGAAGGGACAAUGAAGAACAUCACGCCUGUGGUCAUCCAUGGGGAUUUGUGGAGCGGGAACCAUGGGCGGGGUCGCAUCGCGGGGCAAGGCGGCGUGGAGGAGGUCGUCUUCGACCCGAGUGCGGUGUACGGCCAUUCCGAGUACGAACUGGGCAUCAUGCGCAUGUUUGGCGGCUUUGGCUCAGCGUUUUGGACGGAGUAUGGGAGGCUUGUACCAAAGGCUGAACCUGUGGAGGAGUGGGAUGACCGUGUGGCGUUGUAUGAGCUAUACCAUCAUCUAAAUCACUACGCAUUAUUCGGAGGAGGAUACCGCGGAGGGGCCAUGUCGAUCAUGAAAAACCUCAUCGCAAAAUACGGCUGA